CGUGAGCAGUCGAGAGCCGGCUGCCUCGUCCCGCGCCUGCGCAGCUCGGCCGGCGCGGCCGCCGCCGCCAACUCAGGCGAGAGCAAUGGAGCGCCGGCGGCGGGAGCGCCCCGCGGACGGGGUGCAGCGCCGAGCACCCCGGUAGGGCAGGUGCUGCGGCGUGGCGGGUCCCGCGGGGGCGGAACGCCUCGGCGCGGCGCCGUUUCCCUCUCCCGGGGCCUGCGCACCGUGUGGGACCAAGAUGGCGGCGCCCAGCGCCGUGGCGGCGGCGGCGGCGGCGGCGGGGGGCCGGGGCAGGCCGCCCGCCGUCACCCCGCAGCAGAUCCGCGAGCUCAUCGACGGCGGCAUCGCCCCGGAGGGCGCCGGCCCCGACGGGAAAGACACGUCUGUCUGGUCAGAAUCAGCUAACGGAUCUUCGCAAAUUGAUGCUGCCUCUUUGGAGUCAAUGAGCAAAGAGGCCUAUUUCAGCAGAGUGGAAACGUUCACCCCGCUGAAGUGGGCGGGCAAACCCCAUGAGCUGUCUCCCCUGGUGUGUGCCAAAUACGGGUGGACCAACGUGGAGUGCGACAUGCUGAAGUGCUCCAGCUGCCAGGCCUUCCUCUGCGUGAGCUUGCAGCUGGCAUUCGAUUUCAACAAGUAUAAGGAGCGCUGUGUGGAGCUGAAGAAGGCCUUGUGCACCGCUCACGAGAAGUUCUGCUUCUGGCCAGACAGCCCCUGCCCAGAUCGCUUUGCUCUUUUGCUGGUGGAUGAGCCCAGAGCCCUUCUCCAGGACUUUCUGGAUCGCUUUCAGAGCCUGUGUCAGCUGGAGCUGCAGCUGCCCUCCCUCAGAGCGGAAGACAUGAAAAACAUGUGCCUGACAGAGGAGAAUAUCAGCCUGCUCCUGCAGCUGAUCGGAGAGGAACUCGAGCACAAAACAGAGGGAGAGAAACCGCUAAUGAAGUUUGCCUCGGAAAUCCUGCAAGUGCACAUUCCUGCCUGCGUCCUGGCUCUGUGCGGCUGGACUUGCAGCACUGCAUCCGGCUCCAUGCACCUCUCUGUGAUCACCUGCUCCCGCUGCAUGAGGAAGGUGGGACUGUGGGGCUUCCACCAGCUGGAGUCUGCUGGGCUGGAGCUGGACUCCUGCGGCCUGAGCAGCACCCCGCUGGCUCCUGCCGAGCGUUUCCCGCCGGUGCCCAUGUCUCCACGCAGGAUGCUCACACGGAGCCAGGACACGCUUCCUCCGGGCUCUGAGCAGCAGCAGGAGAAGAGCCCGUCCCCAGCAAUCUCCCACCCACGGGGUUGGGACUGCUCCAGCCCCAUGGAGCGAGGCGAGUUGGAGACUACCAGCCCUGUGCUGAGGAGCCGCCCCGUCACCCGCAGCAUGGGGCAGGGGGACAACGUGGAGGUGCCAUCCAGCCCUCACCGCAGGGCCAAGCGGGCACGGCUCUGCUCUUCUAGCAGCUCAGACACUUCUGUGAGGAGCUUCUUUGACCCCAGCAUGCAGCAUCGCGACUGGUGUCCCUGGGUCAACGUGGUGGAAGGAGGGGAAGCCCUAGAGGACUCCGUGGCCCAGAUGGACAAGAAGCCUGCGAAGGCAGAGCCGGGCUGGCAAGUGGUGCUGAACACACUCUUGGCCAUGAGAAAGUGCGACAGACUGCCUGAGACGGAGCCUGUGAGCCUCUCGGUGAAGUCCUGUAAGGUGUUCCGCAUUUUCCGGCAGUGGGAGAGCAUGAAUUCCUCCUGAACAGGCUGCCGCCACAGCCUCGCCAUCGGCACAAGGCAUCGCGUCAGUCCAGUGGAGAUUUGCUUUGCAGUGGCUCCUGAGGCAUCUCUGUGCUCUGGGGAGGGGGUGCUGAGGAGGCCCACGCAAGCCACAAAGGCCACGGGCAGCCCCUGCACCAGAUGGCCCCAGGUGGCCACUGGGACCCCCUCCUCUCCCGGUUGCCUUCUUUGAAGUCCCCCUGCUUUCAUAAGUUGCCACUGUGGCCCUUGGCCCUGCGGGCUUCAACAGCCCCUUGCAGGCUUGUUUGUGGCGAGCUGGGAAGCGCUGCAGGCCCACGAGGUGAGCGAGGAGAUGUGGUUCCUCGUGAGGCCAACUGUUGUAUCCAGCAAGGCCCCGGGGGGAGCCAUGAGCUGCCACCAGCAGUGCAGGGAAGUGAUGCCAGGUAGGAAUAAAACAUUUCACUUUUUUCUUA